UGGGGAACUCAACGCACAUCCCGCUGGGCACCCGGAUAGUGACAGACACUGACCGCUGCUGCAACAUGGUGAAAAUUACGGUUAUUAAGACCAAACCUUACACCGAUCAAAAACCCGGAACAAGCGGUUUGAGAAAGAGGGUGACCGUGUUCCAGCAGAACCAGCAUUAUGCAGAGAAUUUUAUCCAGAGUAUCAUUUCCACCAUUGACCCUGCUCAGAGGCAGGAGGGCACCCUGGUAGUGGGAGGAGAUGGACGGUUCUUCAUGAAAGACGCCAUUCAGCUGAUCGUCCAGAUUGCUGCAGCUAAUGGGAUUGGCAGGCUGGUCAUUGGUCAGAAUGGGAUCAUGUCAACACCUGCUGUUUCCUGUGUGAUCCGAAAAAUCAAAGCCAUCGGGGGGAUCAUCCUGACAGCCAGUCACAAUCCUGGUGGCCCCAGUGGAGACUUCGGCAUAAAGUUCAACAUAUCUAGUGGAGGUCCUGCACCAGAGGGCAUCACAGACAAAAUCUUUCAGAUCAGCAAGAGCCUCCAGGAAUAUCACAUCUGCCCUGAGCUCAAGGUGGACCUCUCAGCCACUGGCAAGCAGAUCUUUGAGGUUGACACGUUCAAGCCCUUUACUGUUGAAAUUGUGGACUCAGUGGAAUCCUAUGCAGAGAUGCUAAGAGAUAUCUUUGAUUUUGCUGCUCUGAAAGAAUUGCUCUCAGGACCCAAUCAUAUCAAUGUACGGCUCGAUGCAAUGCAUGGAGUGAUGGGUCCUUAUGUAAGAAAGAUUGUAUGUGAAGAACUUGGUUCACCUGCUAACUCUGCUGUUAACUGCGUCCCCUCUGAGGACUUUGGGGGACACCAUCCUGACCCUAACUUAACAUAUGCUGCUGACCUGGUCAGUGCUAUGAAGGGAGGUGAAUAUGACUUUGGAGCAGCGUUUGAUGGUGAUGGUGAUCGUAACAUGGUUCUGGGUAAGCAUGGAUUCUUUGUAAACCCCUCAGACUCUGUGGCAGUCAUCGGUGCGAACAUUACAUCCAUCCCUUAUUUCCAGAAGACUGGCGUGAAGGGUCUGGCUCGCAGUAUGCCCACCAGUGGGGCUUUGGACAAUGUUGCCAAAGCUUUGAAGAUGCCGCUUUUUGAGACUCCCACAGGCUGGAAAUUCUUUGGAAACUUGAUGGAUGCUGGCAAGUUAUCCCUCUGUGGUGAAGAAAGCUUUGGUACUGGUUCUGAUCACAUCCAGGAGAAAGAUGGUCUGUGGGCAGUUCUCGCAUGGCUCUCAAUCCUGGCCACUCGCAAGCAGAGCGUAGAGGAUAUCAUGAAAGACCAUUGGCAGAAGUUUGGACGGAACUUCUUCACAAGGUAUGACUAUGAAGAGGUGGACUCUGAUGCUGCGAAUAAGAUGAUUGAUCACUUACAGACAACUAUGUCUGAUAAAGCCUUUCUAGGGCAGAAGUUCUCCUCAGGGGAUAAAACGUAUCAAGUGGAGAAGGCUGAUAACUUUGAGUACACAGACCCUGUUGAUGGCAGUGUUUCAAAAGGACAGGGUUUGAGGAUCAUCUUCUCUGAUGGCUCACGUAUUAUCUUCCGUCUCAGCGGGACAGGCAGUGCCGGGGCAACCAUCAGGCUUUACAUUGACAGCUAUGAGAAAGACCCCCAGAAAAUUUAUCAGGACCCACAGGUCAUGCUGGCUCCUCUGGUGGACAUUGCCUUGAGGAUCUCUCAGCUUCAGGAAAUGACGGGCCGCACUGCUCCAACUGUGAUCACAUAAUUACCCUAGAGCCCAUAUUCACCUGAUCCAGCCCAGACUAGCCCUCACUGUAUGCAGCAAUGCCUUACUGCAUCAUUAUUACCAUCAGUUUCAUACCCCAGUAACUGUGUCUUCAAUGUGCCCUCAAGAAAGUGUCACAUUUUUAGUGUUCCACAUGCACAAUCAAAGAUCUAUAUCCAUUAUAAAAAGAGAGAGUAUGAAAUAAAGUCUAUUAAAUUAAA